CAAGAAUAAAGUGCUAAGACAGACUUUAAGAAGAGACAAGCUUGGGGAAAUUCCAUGGAUUUUUUCUUUGGAAAAAUAAGGMCUCUUCUCAUUGCGGCUGUUCUGUUGAGGGUUACACAAGGUAUAUCCCACGGAAAGCAUUUACCAUCACUUCUAAGAGAAAAACGCCUUGACAYCUUGGAAGAUGAGCCCGCAAGCAAUGAACCAGUUGAAUAUGGGUCGAGUGCAACUGAUGAUACAAUGAGUGAAACGGAAAGUUCUGAGAAUCAACAUCGUCUGUCAAACUCUCAUGUUGCUCUCUCUGAUAAAAGUGAGAAGAGAAAGAAAUCGCAUUAUGACGUCAAUGAAGGCAUUGGRGCUGAWAUCUUGAACGAGCUUAAAUCCAAACAGAAACUUUCUAAAUCUAAAACAAACGAUGAGCCGAAGAUCGAUCAACAUCGUAUAUCAGAAAAUGACGAACCAAAGACCUAUAAACAUCGUAUUCCAGGAAAAAAUGACAAAAUUAUUUUACCAGGAAUGCAGUUUGACUUYAUAAGACAAGACACUGCAAAGUUGCCGCGACCAAAUAAGGAAAUGCUGCAUCAAUUUAAACUUAAUUUAAAACGAAAAAUAAGGCGACGUCUCAGAGCGUCUAAGAAACUUGAACRAAUGAGAACCAAAAUGGCCAAAGCUGAUCAAGAACCAUUAGUAAAAUCAGCACUAGGUCGUACAAGGCAGCAAAUUACUUCAUUGCCAUCAAGCUCACGAUUCUCAAGGUUGCCAAAAAGUUUCUCCAAGGGGUUGAGAGCGCAGUAUAAGAUACCAAGGAUGUUUUCGGUCCACAAUGCACCAACAUCAAAGACUUACAUCAAAAUGAAAUCCAGCAAACGAGCAGAAAACCCAAAUCAUUCAUCCAAAGAAUCACUGCGUGCUCAUUCUAAGACGCCAACAUUAUCUUCAUUACCAAGUGUUAAAACCUCGAAACUGAACAGUUCUAAACCAAAGCAAACCAAUAARACAAUGGGACACCCAACUAAGCCAUUGACGCGUCAAAAACGUCUUUCACCAAGCAAAGAUGAUUUGCUGGACUCGUCCAUGAAACUGUCAUCCACAUUGCGGUUUACCUUCAGUUCGCCUUUCCAAGGRCAAAGCGAUUCCAUCUCAAAGUCCUCGACCAGUCCACCGACCACAAGCGCUGCAGAUUCUCCAACCGCGAUGCCUCAUUUUGCUCCUUCGCCCUCUACUCUACCUGACUUUCCACCAUCGCUUAAAGAGAUACCAUCUGAAGAUCUUAUGAUGUUAAAUGAUUUCUUUAACCACGCUACUGCUUUUAAACAACAGCUGAGCAAAGCAAAAAUCUUUUCCAAGAAAGAACAACACCAUUUCAUUCAUAGUGUGGAAAACAAAGAAAAACAAUCGGAUAACUAUUUACAAAUGAAAAAUGAUCAUGAAGAAGUCAAAAAGCAAAAUCCAGGAAAGAAGGAAAAUGAGGAGUUUGGUUAUAACAGCAAAAACGGCCACAUGCAGCAUUAYGAAGAAAUUCCAAGCGAAAAGCAUGAUCGGAAAGAAAACGAAAGUAACGCUUAUGCCAAGCAGCUGUUAGAAUUUCAACGCAAAGCAAUAGAAGCUGAGGAAAAACGAAUAGAUGAAGAUAUUAGAGGUAACAAGCAGCACAAGGUCAAGAAAUCUCGCCGAUGGAGGAAGCACUUACAUGAACUGGAACAAGAGACCCAAGACAAGCAGCAUGAAGUUCAUAAGCUCUUYGAAGAACUCGCUGAGAAAUGGAAACAUCGCAGAAACCAAGCUUUACAAGGUGGAACAACUUCAAAAAGCAGAAAGGAAAAGCCUUUGGGUGGAAACGAAACCCUAGGAAAUGAAAACCAAAGGUUUGAACAAUUCACAAAKACAAGAAAACAUAACUUGACUUUACAAGAUAURAACUCACAAAAGAAUGCAGGUGAUUAUAAAGAUAGUAAAGCAAAAGACGGCGCUCAAGWGCAUGAUUUGUUUGAUCAUCUCAGUGCGAAAUGGAAAAAUCGUCAAAGCCCAGAGAAAGAAAGAGACCACAAAUYCAGAUGGUURCCCAAUGGUGACCAUGCUAAUGAAGAAAACAGWUUGGAUAGAAAAGCAAACGAGAUGAAUCGAAAGAGGAAAAUGUUUAGUCAAGGAAACCAACGAGAAACACCAACAAAAGCACUGCAGGGAAAAGAAGACGGUGAUGAUAUUGUGGAAAUGGCAUUUAAACCCACUUUAAGAAGAUUUAGUCCACCCAUUGCAAGAAUCCAUAACAAGGAGAGCAAUAGGAAAGCCAUCGAAGUAUCAAUCACUAACAAAGUAAAGAUAUUAAGUAAUACCACAGCUCCAACAAGUUCAAUUAACCAUUAUAAAAAUAGUUACUUCAAAGAAAAUAGCACAAUUUAUGCUCUUACUGGACAGAAGGUGUUUAAGGUUAAUAAGGGUAAAUAUGAGCAGGGAAACRCUACUAAAAGUGAGCAUACGAUUUAUGAUAAUGAUGACGAUGACGCCACUGAAGAUGUUGACAUUGUUUAUGAUAAUGAUGAUGAUGCACCACCACAUGUUACUAAUGGGAUAAACAAUAGGACAGGUUUGCCUGGUCAUGCCAGGAAGAAAAAGGUAAAUGAUACCAGUAUUAAAUACAACCCGAGUGAAAUAAAUGAUGACAGUGUUAAAGAUGACCUUGAAGAUGAUGACAGGGAGUUGGAAAACAACGAUAUCAACAAAAACAACAGCCAUGACAACAAUAACGAAAUUACCGAUAUAAACAAUGACAAUCAUAUCCAUGGUAACCACAGUGACAACUACAACAUGCCAAACAAUCUAGUCAACAAAACUGUUAACGACUACGCCAGGGGGGACAACAAAUUAAGCAAUAUGACCGRCUUGAACGACAACAAGAACAACGGCCAUAACAUAACGAGUGACAAUAGCAACUACAACAACGACGACAACGCAAGAAACAACACAGCCUACAACAACGAAGAAGUCCCUCGUGACGAUCGACUUUURUACAUUUUAGGUGAUCCAGAGCAAGUAACYAAAAAGCAAAGAAGCCGAGAAAGGAUCGAAGAGCUAGUACGCAACGUCAAACUAAACGAUAAUGAAUUAACGUCUCGACGAGUUGUUCUAGACAAGCAGCUGAGAGCAAAAUUAAAAUCAAUGGAGAUCAGAGUUCUCGACGCYCAUCAAAAAGUCAGUAAAGAAUUGGAAGAUAUCGAGAGACACCUCACCAAUAGGUAUGAAAGACUGCAAAACUCGAUACGACAAGCGAAGAGCCUUACCAAGGGCAUGGACAACAAAAUCAACGACACURUUCUUCAUGUACUGAAACUGGCCAAAAUGUCUGCUGACAAAGCCAAGUCUAAAAUCCAUCUAGUGCAAAAGGCUGCUACAGCACUGACAGACAUUGAAAAAAGAAUCGGCGCCAACGAAACACGGAAUGUAGCUCGAGUCAUCAAGUCUCGAAUAGCAGAGUUACCAGUUAACAAAUACAGRUCCUAUCAACGAAUUCUUGCAGUAAAUAACCUCAUUACAAAAAUGGACGGCGCGCGAUUACUUGCAGAGAGCAAGGCCAACAGUAGCUUUUCUAGCAAGGACGAGAUAGAGAAAAACAUGGCCGACAUCGCUACAAAYGUGCUCGAGGAGUUAACAUCAGCAGAGAACGAGCUCAAUACCGACACCAAAGUUGAGAUGGAGGACGAGCGGGAGGCUGAGGAAAAGCUUGAAGAUGCCGAGAGAAGGAACUUUAAAGUAGCUUUAAAGAGUGGSGAGGCUUUGAAAAGGAUCGAGGGAUACCUUGAGCAGUUAGAAAAGGAAGAGAAAAAAUUACGGAAUACUUCGACUUCUUAGGAUUUCCUUCAAAGAUGUGAAAUUUUGAGGUCCACUUAUUGCAAAAACAUCAUAAAUAAGUCAACAAUUGGUGUUUAAGUGAGAAAAUUAAAGCAAUCAUCUCAAGAUGACGUUUCCUAUUACCACCCCAAUACAAAUGUUUUCGUAACAAUUUUUUCAAUUACCGUUGUGGCAAUUUCACAAAUUGAUACCGAGAUUAAAUAGUCAGGUAGCUGAAGUUAGAAAUCCUACGUAUGACAGAUU